AUGCAGCACAGACGUCUGAACAAUCAGAGGCAUGUCCCACCAUACCUGGCUCGUUCUAUUCUUGAUGAUGCUCGAUGUCCUAGAAAUGUGUCAGAUGAUUUCUUGGAUGACGAAGUGGUCCUGCAGUGCACCGCAACCAUUCACAAAGAGCAACAGAAACUAUGUUUGGCGGCAGAAGGCUUUGGCAACAGACUUUGUUUCUUGGAGUCCACUUCCAAUUCCAAGAAUGUCCCCCCGGACCUGUCCAUCUGUACCUUUGUGCUGGACCAGUCCCUCUCGGUGCGCGCCCUCCAGGAGAUGCUGGCCAACACGGUGGAGAAGUCGGAAGGGAAAUUCAUGAUGAAGACUGCUCAAGGUGGCGGCCAUCGGACACUCCUCUACGGACAUGCCAUCUUGCUACGCCAUUCGUACAGUGGCAUGUAUCUGUGCUGCCUCUCCACCUCCCGGUCUUCAACUGACAAACUGGCUUUUGAUGUUGGCUUGCAAGAAGACACCACAGGUGAGGCUUGCUGGUGGACCAUACAUCCGGCCUCUAAGCAGCGAUCGGAAGGAGAGAAAGUCAGAGUGGGAGAUGACCUCAUCCUAGUUAGCGUGUCCUCUGAAAGGUACUUGCACUUAUCCUACGGCACUGACAGCUUGCACGUGGACGCUGCUUUCCAGCAGACUCUGUGGAGCGUGGCCCCCAUCAGCUCAGGAAGUGAAGCAGCCCAAGGGUAUCUGAUUGGUGGUGACGUCCUCAGGUUGCUGCAUGGACACAUGGAUGAAUGUCUCACUGUCCCUUCAGGAGAACAUGGUGAAGAGCAGCGGAGAACUGUCCAUUACGAAGGUGGGGCCGUAUCUGUUCAUGCACGCUCCCUUUGGAGGCUAGAGACAUUAAGAGUGGCGUGGAGUGGAAGCCACAUAAGGUGGGGUCAACCAUUCCGACUACGCCAUGUCACAACAGGAAAGUACCUAAGUCUCUUGGAAGACAAAAACCUUCUCCUCAUGGACAAAGAAAAAGCUGAUGUAAAAUCAACAGCUUUUACCUUCCGGUCUUCCAAGGAAAAAUUGGAUGUGGGCGUGAGAAAAGAAGUCGAUGGUAUGGGAAUUUCUGAAAUCAAAUAUGGGGACUCGGUAUGCUACAUACAGCACGUGGAUACAGGGCUGUGGCUGACCUACCAGUCUGUGGAUGUGAAAUCUGUGCGAAUGGGAUCCGUACAGCGUAAGGCCAUCAUGCAUCACGAAGGCCACAUGGACGAUGGCUUGAACUUAUCCAGGUCUCAACAUGAGGAAUCACGCACAGCCAGGGUCAUCCGGAGCACGGUUUUCCUGUUCAAUAGGUUUAUAAGGGGCCUGGAUGCUCUGAGCAAGAAAGCCAAGACGCCCGUGGUCGACCUGCCCAUAGAGUCCAUGAGCCUUAGUUUGCAGGACCUCAUAGGCUACCUCCACCCCCCGGAUGAGCACCUGGAGCACGAGGACAAACAGAACCGGCUGCGGGCCCUGAAGAACCGGCAGAAUCUCUUCCAGGAAGAGGGAAUGAUCAACCUGGUGCUGGAGUGCAUAGACCGUCUCCACGUCUACAGCAGUGCUGCACACUUCGCUGAUGUUGCCGGGAGAGAAGCUGCAGAGCCCUGGAAAUCCAUUCUGAAUUCUCUGUAUGAGUUGCUGGCGGCUCUAAUUAGAGGAAACCGUAAAAACUGUGCUCAAUUUUCUGGCUCCCUCGACUGGCUGAUCAGCAGAUUGGAAAGACUAGAAGCUUCCUCGGGCAUUCUGGAAGUCCUACACUGUGUGUUAGUGGAAAGUCCAGAAGCUCUGAAUAUUAUUAAAGAAGGACAUAUCAAAUCCAUCAUCUCACUUUUAGACAAGCAUGGAAGAAACCAUAAGGUCCUGGAUGUCUUGUGUUCACUCUGCGUUUGCCAUGGGGUUGCCGUCCGUUCUAACCAGCAUCUCAUCUGUGACAACCUCCUACCAGGAAGAGAUCUUUUAUUGCAGACCCGUCUCAUGAACCACGUCAGCAGCAUGAGGCCCAAUAUUUUUCUGGGCGUCAGUGAAGGGUCUGCUCAGUAUAAGAAGUGGUACUAUGAGCUCAUGGUGGACCACACCGAGCCAUUCGUGACAGCAGAAGCGACUCACCUGAGAGUGGGCUGGGCUUCCACCGAAGGGGAUUCUCCCUACCCCGGAGGGGGUGAAGAAUGGGGUGGCAAUGGUGUCGGUGAUGACCUCUUCUCUUACGGAUUUGAUGGCCUUCAUCUCUGGUCAGGUUGUAUCGCGCGUACUGUAAGCUCACCAAACCAGCACCUGCUGAGGACGGAUGAUGUCGUCAGUUGCUGCUUAGAUCUGAGUGCCCCCAGCAUCUCCUUCCGCAUCAAUGGGCAACCUGUUCAAGGAAUGUUUGAGAACUUCAACAUCGAUGGCCUCUUCUUUCCAGUUGUUAGUUUCUCUGCAGGAAUCAAGGUACGGUUUUUGCUUGGGGGGCGACAUGGAGAAUUCAAAUUCCUCCCUCCACCGGGCUAUGCUCCUUGCUAUGAAGCUGUCCUGCCCAAAGAAAAAUUGAAAGUGGAACACAGUCGGGAGUACAAGCAAGAAAGGACGUACACUCGAGACCUGCUGGGCCCCACGGUGUCCCUUACCCAAGCUGCCUUCACACCAAUCCCUGUGGACACCAGCCAGAUCGUGUUGCCUCCUCACCUAGAAAGGAUAAGAGAAAAACUGGCAGAGAACAUCCACGAGCUCUGGGUCAUGAAUAAAAUCGAACUUGGCUGGCAGUAUGGUCCGGUUAGAGAUGACAAUAAGAGACAGCACCCGUGUCUGGUGGAGUUCUCCAAGCUACCUGAGCAGGAGCGCAAUUACAACUUACAGAUGUCUCUUGAGACCCUGAAGACUUUGUUGGCGUUAGGAUGUCACGUCGGCAUAUCAGAUGAACAUGCUGAAGAAAAGGUGAAGAAAAUGAAACUACCCAAAAAUUACCAGCUGGCGAGUGGAUACAAGCCUGCCCCGAUGGAUCUGAGCUUAAUAAAACUCACCCCCUCUCAGGAAGCAAUGGUGGACAAGCUGGCAGAAAAUGCUCACAAUGUGUGGGCCCGGGAUCGAAUCCGGCAGGGCUGGACGUACGGCAUCCAGCAGGAUGUGAAGAACAGAAGAAACCCUCGCCUUGUUCCUUACACCCUCCUGGAUGACAGAACCAAGAAAUCAAACAAGGACAGCCUCCGUGAGGCAGUGCGCACCCUGCUGGGCUAUGGCUACAACCUGGAAGCCCCAGACCAAGACCAUGCCGCCAGAGCCGAGAUGUGCAGCAGCACCGGGGAACGGUUUCGUAUCUUCCGGGCAGAGAAGACCUAUGCGGUGAAGGCAGGGCGGUGGUACUUUGAAUUUGAGGCUGUCACUGCUGGGGACAUGCGGGUUGGCUGGAGCAGGCCGGGCUGUCAGCCGGAUCAGGAGCUUGGCUCUGAUGAACGCGCCUUUGCCUUUGAUGGCUUCAAGGCCCAGCGGUGGCACCAGGGCAAUGAGCACUUUGGGCGCUCUUGGCAAGCUGGCGACAUCGUGGGCUGCAUGGUUGACAUGAAUGAGCACACCAUGAUGUUCACCCUGAACGGCGAAAUCCUGCUGGAUGACUCGGGCUCUGAGCUGGCCUUCAAGGACUUUGACGUUGGGGACGGAUUCAUACCUGUAUGUAGUCUUGGCGUGGCACAGGUGGGCAGGAUGAAUUUCGGAAAGGAUGUCAGCACCCUGAAAUACUUCACUAUUUGUGGCUUACAAGAGGGCUAUGAGCCAUUUGCCGUUAAUACAAACAGAGACAUCACCAUGUGGCUGAGCAAGAGGCUUCCUCAGUUCCUCCAGGUCCCAUCAAAUCACGAACAUAUUGAGGUGACCAGAAUAGACGGCACCAUAGACAGCUCCCCAUGCCUGAAGGUCACUCAGAAGUCCUUUGGUUCUCAGAACAGCAGCAGUGACAUCAUGUUUUACCGUCUGAGCAUGCCCAUUGAGUGCGCAGAGGUCUUCUCCAAGACAGUGCCUGGAGGGCUACCGGGCGCUGGUCUCUUUGGGCCCAAGAGUGACUUGGAGGAUUACGAUGCAGAUUCCGACUUUGAGGUUCUGAUGAAGACAGCUCAUGGUCAUCUGGUGCCUGACCGCAUUGACAAAGACAAAGAAGCCACAAAGCCAGAGUUUAAUAACCACAAAGAUUACGCUCAGGAAAAGCCCUCUCGCCUGAAACAAAGAUUUCUACUUAGAAGAACAAAGCCAGAUUACAGCACAAGCCAUUCCGCAAGGCUCACGGAAGAUGUCCUGGCAGACGAUCGGGACGACUAUGACUGCCUGAUGCAGACGUCCACGUACUAUUACUCAGUGAGAAUCUUCCCUGGUCAAGAACCUGCAAAUGUCUGGGUGGGCUGGAUCACAUCCGAUUUCCAUCAGUAUGACACAGGCUUUGACUUGGACAGGGUCCGGACAGUGACCGUUACUCUAGGAGAUGAAAAAGGAAAAGUGCAUGAAAGUAUCAAACGCAGCAACUGCUAUAUGGUGAGUGCAGGCGAGAGCAUGAGCCCCGGGCAAGGACGCAACAACAACGGGCUGGAGAUCGGCUGCGUGGUGGAUGCUGCUAGCGGGCUGCUCACGUUCAUUGCCAACGGCAAGGAGCUCAGCACAUACUACCAGGUGGAGCCAAGUACAAAAUUGUUUCCUGCAGUGUUUGCGCAAGCUACAAGUCCCAAUGUUUUCCAGUUUGAGUUGGGAAGAAUAAAGAAUGUGAUGCCUCUCUCUGCGGGACUGUUCAAGAGUGAGCACAAAAACCCUGUGCCCCAGUGCCCACCACGUCUGCACGUGCAGUUCUUAUCACACGUCCUGUGGAGUCGGAUGCCCAACCAGUUUUUGAAGGUAGAUGUCUCUCGGAUAAGUGAACGCCAAGGAUGGCUGGUGCAAUGUUUGGACCCUCUGCAGUUCAUGUCACUUCACAUCCCCGAGGAGAACAGGUCUGUUGACAUCUUAGAGUUGACAGAGCAGGAGGAGUUGCUCAAGUUUCACUAUCACACCCUGCGGCUCUACUCAGCCGUCUGCGCCCUGGGGAACCACCGCGUGGCCCACGCUCUGUGCAGCCACGUGGACGAGCCUCAGCUGCUGUACGCCAUCGAGAGCAAGUACAUGCCUGGCCUGCUGCGUGCUGGCUACUACGACCUGCUGAUCGACAUCCAUCUCAGCUCCUAUGCCACCGCCAGGCUCAUGAUGAACAACGAGUUCAUCGUGCCCAUGACGGAGGAGACCAAAAGCAUCACCCUCUUCCCGGAUGAGAACAAGAAGCAUGGCCUCCCCGGCAUCGGCCUCAGCACCUCCCUCCGGCCUCGGAUGCAGUUCUCCUCGCCCAGCUUUGUGAGCAUCAGCAACGAGUGUUACCAGUACAGCCCCGAGUUCCCCCUGGACAUCCUGAAGGCCAAGACCAUCCAGAUGCUGACCGAGGCGGUUAAGGAGGGCAGUCUGCACGCGCGGGACCCUGUCGGGGGGACCACCGAGUUCCUCUUCGUGCCUCUCAUCAAGCUCUUCUAUACCCUGCUUAUCAUGGGCGUCUUCCACAACGAGGACUUGAAGCUCAUCCUGCAGCUGAUCGAGCCCAGAGUGUUCAAGGAGGCCGCCUCUCCAGAGGAGGAGGGCGACAUGGAGAACGGGCUCAGUGCGGAGGACUCCAGGCUGGAAGGAGCAGGUGAAGAAGAAGCCAGCGAGAGGCCCAAGGAGGGCCUGCUCCAGAUGAAACUACCCGAGCCGGUUAAACUGCAGAUGUGCCUCUUGCUGCAAUACCUCUGUGACUGCCAGGUCCGACACCGGAUAGAAGCCAUUGUAGCCUUUUCAGAUGACUUUGUAGCUAAGCUCCAAGACAAUCAGCGUUUCCGAUACAAUGAAGUUAUGCAAGCCUUGAACAUGUCAGCUGCGCUCACAGCCAGGAAAACCAAGGAGUUCAGGUCACCGCCUCAAGAACAGAUUAAUAUGCUUCUCAAUUUUAAGGAUGACAAAAGUGAGUGUCCAUGUCCUGAAGAAAUUCGUGACCAGCUGCUGGAGUUCCAUGAAGAUUUGAUGACACAUUGUGGAAUUGAGCUGGAUGAAGAUGGAUCUUUGGAUGGAAACUGUGAUUUAACAAUCAGAGGACGUCUGCUGUCCCUGGUAGAAAAGGUGACCUACCUGAAGAAGAAGCAGGCAGAUAAACCAGUGGCAAGUGAUGCCACGAAGUCCUCCAGUCUCCAGCUGCUGAUCUCCGAGACCAUGGUCCGGUGGACGCAGGAGUCUGUCAUUGAAGACCCGGAGUUGGUGAGGGCCAUGUUCGUGCUGUUGCACCGGCAGUACGAUGGCAUUGGGGGCCUAGUCCGGGCUCUGCCGAAGACCUACACCAUUAAUGGUGUCUCCGUGGAGGACACCAUCAAUCUGCUGGCCUCCCUUGGCCAGAUUCGUUCCUUGCUGAGUGUGAGGAUGGGCAGAGAAGAAGAGAAGCUUAUGAUCCGUGGAUUAGGGGACAUCAUGAAUAAUAAAGUGUUUUACCAACACCCUAACCUCAUGAGAGCACUUGGGAUGCAUGAGACGGUGAUGGAGGUCAUGGUGAAUGUCCUUGGAGGUGGGGAGUCCAAGGAAAUCACCUUUCCCAAGAUGGUGGCCAACUGUUGCCGGUUUCUCUGUUACUUCUGUCGUAUAAGUAGGCAGAAUCAAAAAGCUAUGUUUGAUCAUCUCAGUUAUUUACUGGAAAACAGCAGUGUUGGUCUUGCCUCACCAGCUAUGAGAGGGUCCACCCCACUGGAUGUGGCCGCAGCCUCGGUGAUGGAUAAUAAUGAACUUGCCUUGGCCUUGAGGGAGCCAGAUCUGGAGAAGGUAGUUCGCUACCUGGCUGGUUGUGGACUGCAGAGUUGCCAGAUGCUGGUAUCCAAGGGUUACCCAGACAUUGGGUGGAAUCCCGUCGAAGGAGAGAGAUAUCUUGACUUUCUCAGAUUUGCUGUCUUCUGUAAUGGGGAGAGUGUGGAAGAAAAUGCAAACGUGGUGGUGCGAUUACUCAUCAGGAGGCCUGAGUUUGGUCCCGCUCUGAGAGGGGAAGGUGGGAAUGGACUUCUCGCAGUCAUGGAAGAAGCUAUAAAAAUAGCUGAGGAUCCUUCCCGAGACGGCCCCUCCCCCACUAGUGGAUCCAGUAGAACACUUGAUACAGAAGAGGAGGAAGAUGACACCAUCCACAUGGGGAAUGCCAUCAUGACCUUCUAUGCAGCUUUGAUUGACCUCCUUGGUCGCUGUGCCCCUGAGAUGCAUUUGAUUCAUGCUGGUAAGGGAGAAGCCAUCAGAAUCAGGUCUAUUUUGAGAUCCCUCAUCCCGUUGGGAGACUUGGUGGGAGUAAUCAGCAUCGCUUUUCAGAUGCCAACAAUAGCCAAAGAUGGGAAUGUGGUGGAGCCUGACAUGUCUGCGGGGUUUUGCCCAGAUCACAAGGCAGCCAUGGUUUUGUUCCUUGACAGGGUCUAUGGGAUUGAGGUGCAAGAUUUCCUCCUCCAUCUUCUCGAGGUUGGCUUUCUGCCAGAUCUCCGGGCUGCUGCUUCUCUAGACACGGCUGCUCUGAGUGCUACAGACAUGGCCUUGGCCCUCAAUCGGUACCUUUGCACAGCCGUCUUGCCUUUGUUGACAAGAUGUGCCCCGCUUUUCGCUGGCACAGAGCACCAUGCCUCUCUCAUUGACUCCCUUCUUCACACCGUGUACAGACUUUCUAAGGGCUGCUCGCUCACCAAGGCUCAGCGGGAUUCCAUAGAAGUGUGCUUACUCUCUAUUUGUGGCCAAUUGAGACCUUCGAUGAUGCAGCACUUGCUCAGAAGGCUAGUAUUUGAUGUCCCAUUAUUGAAUGAACAUGCAAAAAUGCCUCUCAAGCUGCUGACAAACCACUAUGAAAGGUGUUGGAAAUACUACUGCCUGCCUGGGGGGUGGGGCAACUUUGGGGCUGCCUCGGAAGAAGAGCUGCACUUAUCGAGAAAGUUGUUCUGGGGCAUUUUUGAUGCCUUGUCCCAAAAGAAAUAUGAACAAGAACUUUUCAAACUGGCACUGCCUUGCCUGAGUGCAGUUGCGGGAGCUUUGCCUCCAGACUACAUGGAGUCAAACUAUGUCAGUAUGAUGGAGAAACAGUCUUCCAUGGAUUCUGAAGGGAACUUUAACCCACAACCUGUAGAUACCUCAAAUAUUAUAAUUCCAGAGAAGUUGGAGUACUUCAUUAACAAAUACGCAGAACACUCCCAUGACAAAUGGUCAAUGGACAAGUUGGCAAAUGGAUGGAUUUAUGGAGAAAUAUAUUCAGACUCUUCUAAGGUUCAGCCGUUAAUGAAGCCUUAUAAACUAUUAUCUGAAAAGGAAAAAGAAAUUUAUCGUUGGCCAAUCAAAGAAUCCUUAAAAACCAUGCUGGCUUGGGGUUGGAGGAUUGAGAGAACCCGGGAGGGGGACAGUAUGGCCCUAUACAACCGGACUCGCCGUAUUUCUCAGACAAGCCAGGUUUCUGUUGAUGCUGCCCAUGGUUACAGUCCCCGAGCGAUUGACAUGAGCAAUGUUACACUGUCCAGAGACCUACACGCAAUGGCGGAAAUGAUGGCUGAGAACUACCACAACAUAUGGGCGAAGAAGAAGAAACUCGAGCUGGAAUCCAAAGGAGGUGGGAACCAUCCCCUGCUCGUGCCCUAUGACACACUGACCGCCAAAGAGAAAGCCAAGGACAGGGAAAAGGCGCAGGAUAUCCUCAAGUUUCUGCAGAUCAACGGAUAUCUAGUAUCUAGAGGGUUCAAGGACCUGGAGCUGGACACGCCCUCCAUCGAGAAGCGUUUUGCCUAUAGUUUCCUCCAGCAGCUCAUUCGCUACGUGGAUGAAGCCCAUCAGUACAUCCUGGAGUUUGAUGGUGGCAGCAGAAGCAAGGGAGAACACUUUCCCUAUGAACAAGAAAUCAAGUUCUUUGCCAAAGUCGUUCUUCCUCUCAUUGAUCAGUAUUUCAAAAACCACCGCUUGUACUUCUUGUCUGCAGCCAGCAGGCCUCUGCGCUCCGGAGGACACGCAUCCAACAAAGAGAAAGAGAUGGUAACUAGCCUAUUCUGCAAACUUGGAGUUCUUGUCAGGCAUAGGAUUUCACUAUUUGGAAAUGACGCGACUUCAAUUGUCAACUGCCUCCAUAUUUUGGGUCAGACUUUGGAUGCAAGGACUGUGAUGAAGACGGGCCUGGACAGUGUGAAAAGUGCGCUCAGAGCGUUUCUGGACAAUGCUGCAGAGGACCUGGAAAAGACUAUGGAAAACCUUAAACAGGGCCAGUUCACUCAUACCCGAAACCAGCCCAAAGGGGUGACCCAGAUCAUCAACUAUACCACCGUGGCCCUGCUUCCAGUGCUGUCCUCCUUAUUUGAACACAUUGGCCAGCACCAGUUUGGAGAAGACCUGAUAUUGGAAGAUGUGCAGGUGUCUUGUUAUAGAAUCCUGACUAGCCUGUAUGCUUUGGGAACCAGCAAGAGUAUUUAUGUAGAGAGGCAGCGUUCUGCAUUGGGCGAGUGUCUGGCUGCCUUCGCUGGCGCCUUUCCUGUAGCGUUUCUGGAAACCCAUCUUGACAAACACAACGUCUACUCCAUCUACAAUACCAAGUCCUCCCGAGAGAGAGCAGCUCUCAGCUUGCCAACUAAUGUGGAAGAUGUUUGUCCCAAUAUUCCAUCUCUGGAGAAACUCAUGGAUGAGAUUGUGGAGUUGGCAGAGUCCGGCAUCCGCUACACUCAGAUGCCACACGUCAUGGAGGUCGUGCUACCCAUGCUGUGUAGCUACAUGUCCCGGUGGUGGGAACACGGCCCCGAGAACAACCCCGAGAGGGCAGGAAUGUGCUGCACAGCCCUGGACUCGGAGCACAUGAACACACUUCUGGGGAACAUCUUGAAAAUCAUCUAUAACAACCUGGGAAUUGAUGAGGGAGCCUGGAUGAAGAGGUUAGCAGUGUUUUCCCAGCCUAUUAUCAAUAAAGUGAAACCUCAACUCUUGAAAACUCAUUUCUUACCAUUAAUGGAGAAACUGAAGAAAAAGGCAGCCAUGGUGGUUUCUGAGGAAGACCACCUGAAAGCCGAGGCCAGAGGGGACAUGUCGGAGGCCGAGCUGCUCAUUCUGGAUGAGUUUACCACGCUGGCCAGAGAUCUUUAUGCUUUCUACCCGCUCCUGAUUCGAUUUGUGGACUAUAACAGGGCCAAGUGGCUGAAAGAGCCUGACCCGGAAGCCGAGGAUCUCUUCCGCAUGGUGGCUGAGGUCUUCAUCUUCUGGUCCAAAUCCCACAAUUUCAAAAGAGAAGAGCAGAACUUCGUAGUCCAAAAUGAAAUCAACAAUAUGUCCUUCCUCAUUACCGACACCAAGUCCAAAAUGUCCAAGGUAGCUGUUUCUGACCAGGAAAGGAAGAAGAUGAAGCGCAAAGGAGACCGGUACUCCAUGCAGACAUCUCUGAUCGUAGCAGCUCUGAAGAGGUUGCUGCCCAUCGGGCUGAACAUCUGUGCCCCUGGGGACCAGGAGCUCAUAGCUCUGGCCAAAAAUCGAUUUAGUCUGAAAGACACCGAGGAGGAAGUGAGAGACAUAAUUCGCAGUAAUAUUCAUUUACAAGGCAAGUUGGAGGACCCUGCUAUUAGAUGGCAAAUGGCUCUGUACAAAGACUUGCCAAACAGGACAGAAAAUACCUCGGAUCCAGAGAGGACGGUAGAAAGAGUCCUGGAUAUAGCAAAUGUGCUCUUUCAUCUUGAACAGGUGGAGCAUCCCCAGAGGUCUAAGAAAGCCGUGUGGCAUAAGCUGCUCUCUAAGCAGAGAAAAAGGGCCGUGGUCGCCUGCUUCCGGAUGGCCCCCUUGUACAAUCUGCCAAGACAUCGGGCUGUCAAUCUCUUUCUUCAGGGAUAUGAAAAGUCUUGGAUUGAAACAGAAGAACAUUACUUUGAAGAUAAACUGAUUGAAGAUUUAGCAAAACCUGGGGCUGAUCCUCCAGAAGAAGAUGAAGCCACUAAGAGAGUCGACCCCCUGCACCAGCUGGUCCUGCUGUUCAGUCGCACGGCUUUGACGGAGAGAUGCAAACUGGAGGAAGAUUUUUUAUAUAUGGCUUAUGCAGAUAUUAUGGCAAAGAGUUGUCAUGAUGAGGAAGAUGACGAUAGUGAAGAGGAGGUGAAGAGCUUUGAAGAAAAAGAAAUGGAAAAGCAAAAGCUUCUGUACCAGCAAGCCAGACUGCAUGACCGUGGGGCGGCCGAGAUGGUGCUUCAGACCAUCAGUGCCAGCAAAGGUGAAACUGGACCAAUGGUAGUUGCUACUUUGAAACUAGGAAUUGCUAUUUUAAAUGGUGGGAACUCUACCGUGCAGCAGAAGAUGCUUGACUACCUGAAGGAGAAAAAGGAUGUGGGUUUCUUCCAGAGCCUGGCGGGCCUGAUGCAGUCCUGCAGUGUCCUUGACUUAAAUGCAUUUGAGCGGCAAAACAAGGCUGAAGGACUCGGCAUGGUGACCGAGGAAGGAUCAGGAGAGAAGGUUCUGCAGGAUGAUGAGUUCACCUGUGACCUCUUCCGAUUCCUGCAGCUGCUUUGUGAGGGACACAACUCAGAUUUUCAGAAUUACCUGAGAACUCAGACUGGCAACAAUACAACUGUGAACAUCAUCAUUUCCACGGUGGACUACCUCCUCCGGGUGCAGGAGUCAAUCAGUGAUUUCUACUGGUAUUACUCAGGGAAAGACGUUAUUGAUGAACAAGGACAACGUAACUUCUCCAAAGCUAUUCAAGUGGCAAAACAAGUCUUUAACACCCUGACAGAGUACAUUCAGGGUCCCUGCACUGGGAACCAGCAGAGUUUGGCACACAGCAGGCUGUGGGAUGCGGUGGUGGGCUUUCUUCAUGUGUUUGCUCACAUGCAGAUGAAGCUGUCACAGGAUUCCAGUCAAAUUGAGCUUUUGAAAGAAUUAAUGGACCUUCAGAAGGAUAUGGUGGUCAUGUUGCUAUCCAUGUUAGAAGGUAACGUGGUGAACGGAACGAUCGGCAAACAGAUGGUGGAUAUGCUGGUGGAAUCUUCCAACAACGUAGAGAUGAUUCUCAAAUUUUUUGACAUGUUCCUAAAACUGAAGGACUUGACAUCUUCAGACACAUUUAAAGAGUAUGAUCCGGAUGGAAAAGGAGUCAUUUCCAAGCGGGACUUCCACAAAGCCAUGGAAAGCCACAAGCACUACACACAGUCAGAGACCGAGUUCCUCUUGUCCUGCGCAGAGACGGAUGAGAACGAAACCCUGGAUUACGAAGAGUUUGUCAAACGUUUCCACGAGCCCGCCAAGGACAUCGGCUUCAAUGUGGCCGUCCUGCUGACCAACCUCUCGGAGCACAUGCCCAACGACACCCGGCUGCAGACUUUCCUGGAGCUGGCCGAGAGCGUGCUCAACUACUUCCAGCCCUUCCUGGGCCGCAUCGAGAUCAUGGGCAGUGCCAAGCGCAUCGAGAGGGUGUACUUCGAGAUCAGCGAGUCCAGCCGCACCCAGUGGGAGAAGCCGCAGGUCAAGGAGUCCAAGAGGCAGUUCAUCUUCGACGUGGUCAAUGAGGGGGGCGAGAAGGAGAAGAUGGAGCUCUUCGUGAACUUCUGCGAGGACACCAUAUUUGAGAUGCAGUUGGCGGCCCAGAUCUCAGAGUCCGAUCUGAACGAGAGGUCUGCGAAUAAAGAAGAGAGUGACAAGGAGAGGCCCGAGGAGCAGGGGCCCAGGAUGGGUUUCUUUUCCAUCCUGACAGUCAGGUCGGCCCUGUUUGCACUCAGGUACAAUGUCCUGACCCUCGUGCGGGUGCUCAGCCCAAAGAGCCUGAAGAAGCAGAUGAAAAAAGUGAAGAAGAUGACAGUCAAGGACCUGGUCACAGCUGUCUUCUGCUCCUACUGGAGCGUUUUCACCACACUCUUGCACUUUGUGGCCAGUGUCUGCAGAGGUUUCUUCCGCAUCGUUUGUAGCCUGCUCCUGGGGAGCAGCCUGGUGGAAGGUGCCAAGAAGAUCAAAGUGGCAGAACUGUUAGCCAACAUGCCGGACCCCACUCAGGAUGAGGUGCGAGGAGACGGAGAGGACGGAGAGAGGAAACCCGUGGAGGCCGCCCUUCCCUCUGAAGAUCUGACCGACUUAAAGGAACUGACGGAAGAAAGUGACCUUCUUUCUGACAUAUUUGGCUUGGAUCUGAAGAGGGAAGGAGGGCAGUACAAACUCAUUCCUCACAAUCCAAAUGCUGGCCUCAGUGAUCUAAUGUCCAAUCCAGUGCCCAUCCCUGAGGCGCAAGAAAAGUUUCAGGAACAGAAGGCAAAAGAAGAAAAGGAAGAAAAAGAAGAAACCAAAUCUGAACCUGAAAAAGCUGAGGGGGAAGAUGGAGAGAAAGAAGAAAAAGCCAAAGAAGACAAGUGCAAGCAAAAGUUGAGGCAGCUUCACACACAUAGAUAUGGAGAACCUGAGGUCCCAGAGUCAGCAUUCUGGAAGAAAAUCAUUGCCUAUCAACAAAAACUCCUAAACUAUUUUGCUCGCAACUUUUACAACAUGAGAAUGUUGGCCUUAUUUGUGGCGUUUGCAAUCAAUUUCAUCUUGCUCUUUUAUAAGGUCUCCACUUCUUCUGUGGUUGAAGGAAAGGAACUACCCACUCGAAGUUCCAGUGAAACCACCAAAGUGGCCGUGAGCCUGGACAGCAGUUCACACAGGAUCAUCGCGGUUCACUACGUCCUGGAGGAGAGCAGUGGCUACAUGGAGCCCACACUACGCAUCCUUGCCAUUCUUCACACGGUCAUUUCCUUCUUCUGCAUCAUUGGAUACUACUGCUUGAAAGUACCAUUGGUUAUUUUUAAACGAGAAAAGGAAGUAGCCCGAAAAUUGGAGUUUGAUGGACUUUAUAUCACAGAGCAGCCUUCAGAAGAUGACAUUAAAGGCCAGUGGGACAGACUCGUAAUCAACACACAGUCAUUUCCCAACAACUACUGGGAUAAAUUUGUUAAAAGAAAGGUUAUGGAUAAAUAUGGGGAGUUCUAUGGCCGAGACAGAAUCAGCGAGUUGCUGGGCAUGGACAAAGCAGCGCUGGACUUCAGCGAUGCAAGAGAGAAGAAGAAGCCCAAGAAAGACAGCUCCUUGUCAGCUGUGCUGAAUUCUAUUGAUGUGAAGUAUCAGAUGUGGAAGCUGGGAGUCGUUUUCACUGACAACUCCUUCCUCUACCUCGCCUGGUACAUGACUAUGUCUGUCCUCGGGCACUAUAACAACUUCUUCUUCGCUGCCCAUCUUCUUGACAUCGCUAUGGGAUUCAAGACUUUGAGAACCAUCUUGUCCUCCGUAACUCACAAUGGCAAACAGCUUGUCCUAACUGUUGGUUUAUUAGCUGUCGUCGUAUACCUAUACACUGUUGUGGCAUUCAAUUUUUUCCGAAAAUUCUACAAUAAAAGUGAAGAUGGUGAUACACCAGACAUGAAAUGUGAUGACAUGCUAACGUGCUACAUGUUCCACAUGUAUGUGGGCGUGCGUGCCGGAGGGGGCAUCGGGGAUGAGAUUGAAGACCCGGCGGGAGACGAAUAUGAGAUUUACCGAAUUAUCUUUGACAUCACCUUCUUCUUCUUUGUGAUUGUCAUCCUCUUGGCUAUCAUACAAGGUUUAAUUAUUGAUGCUUUUGGAGAACUAAGAGACCAACAGGAGCAAGUCAAGGAAGAUAUGGAGACCAAGUGCUUCAUCUGUGGGAUAGGCAAUGAUUACUUCGACACAGUGCCACAUGGCUUUGAAACACACACGUUACAGGAGCACAACUUGGCCAAUUACCUGUUUUUCCUGAUGUAUCUCAUAAACAAAGAUGAAACAGAACACACGGGACAGGAAUCUUAUGUCUGGAAGAUGUAUCAGGAGAGGUGCUGGGAGUUCUUUCCAGCAGGAGAUUGUUUCCGGAAGCAGUAUGAAGACCAGCUAAAUUAAAAUCCUGCCUGAUCACCUCUAAACACCAAAAGUAUCUCCCUGUCCCUCUCUCUCUCUCCAUUUCCUGGGGUUCCCCUCUCUCAGACUCUCUGCUCUCUUGGAACGUCUUGCUGAUUUUGUGAAUUGCCAGAGUUCUGUGCUUUCUGAGAGCAUCGAAGCUGGAUCUCUGAAGACCUGACUGUUCUCCCCCCACCUCUGUAUUUUCUUUGAGAAA